AUGGAGAAGAAACUACACACUGUUAAUGGGAGAAAACCAAUGACAGAUUUAAAUGGAAACAAAUCGGGCGCGUCACUACUCCUGCCACGCAAAGAACGAGAUUCAUUUGUUAUACUUUCAGACGUCACAAAACACCACCCUACUUGGACCGUGUGCCUACUACAGAUAAGUGAGAGGGGAAGGAGUGGGGAGGAAAGGGGAAAAGGGGCUCAAGGAUACUACAGACAAGUAAGGGGGAAGGACGGGGAGGAAAGGGGAAAAGGGGCUCAAGGAUACUACAGACAAGUAAGGGGGAAGGAAAGGGGAAAAGGGGCUCAAGGAUACUACAGACAAGUAAGGGGGAAGGAAAGGGGAAAAGGGGCUCAAGGAUACUACAGACAAGUAAGGAGGAAAGGAAAGGGGAAAGGGGCUCAAGGAUACUACAGACAAGUAAGGGGAAAGGAGUGGGGAGAAAAUGGGAAAAUGGGCUCAAGGAUACUUCAGACAAGUAAGGGGGAAGGAGGGGGAGGAAAGGGGAAAAUGGGCUCAAGGAUACUACAGACAAGUAAGGGGAAGGAAGGGGAGGAAAGGGGAAAAGGGACUCAAGGAUACUACAGACAAGUAAGGGGGAAGAGAGGGAGGAAAGGGGAAAAGGGGCUCAAGGAUAUAACAUACAAGUAA